ACUUGCGAGACAGCGGUCAUUAAUAAGAGAAAUCUUUAUCUUCAUUACUUAGCAAAAUGAUUUCCAAGGAAAUUAUUUUACUUUUGUGUUUUUAUUUUAGUUUGAGAUUUCUGGUUCGUGCUCAUGAACUACCAAAGCAGAAGCAUGAGCACUAUAGUUUUACAGCGUUACAAGAAACAUUAAAUGGCGAGGUUCUCCUCUCAGAUGAUGUCAAUAGACUCCUCUCCAAGCUGCAUUUCUGGAACUGUUCAAACAGCACUGCUGGGAUCCACCACAGAACGUGUCUCUCCACGACGGAUGUCUUCAAUUACGCUGGGUCAUCGGUUACACAGUUGAAUUCCAGCGAAUUUGUUGAAAUCAGUCCCAUGAUUGUUUACUGUCUGCUGCCUGCGCCUGAAAAGAACCCUGGUCGAUGUUCACCUCCCAAGAACCACAGCGAACUUUACAACUUCUUCGCAAGGAAUGUCAGUCAACAUGGCGAACACGGAAACAUUACGCAUGAAGCAUUGGAUGAAAUAUUGGACAAGAUCAACUCGACGAUCGGGAAACAUUUAACUAAGAAAAAGUGUUUUUCUGCUGAAGACAUUGUUAAAGAGAUUGAGGAAGAAAAAGAACACCAUCAUGAAGAAGAAGAACAUCACCAUCAUGAAGGAGAAGAUCACCAUCAUGAAAAGGAAGAGAAAACCCUUGACCUGGGAGACUUUCAAAAUGCCUGUGCCAGUAUUGUGCUACAUUUAGUACAGGGAUACUGCAUUGAAGAAGCCCAUGGUCACAAUGAGACCUCAUCUUUACCUUCAAGGGAGUUCUUCAUGAAUGAGCUCUUUGAGAACAAGACACGCCUCCUUGAGGAAGAUUUGGAAGCAAUUAUGAAAGUCCUAAAAAUUGGUAAAAUUGGUAAAGUUGAGUCAUCAGGUGGAGAGGAUUCACAUGGUCACAACCAUCGACGAAGACGAUCUGCUGGGUCCCUCUUGUCCUCAUCACUGGAAUCAAAGACCCCUCAUUCUGUUCAUCGCCGUGAAGUUGAUGAUCAUGCACAUGCUCAUGAGACUGGAACUUGUUACUCCCUUGAUGACAUGCUGAAAGUUUUUGAUAUUGAUCACGAGACUGGUGCAGAUAAAUUUGACUUCAAAGAGCUAUGCCCUGCUUUCAUUCAACAAGCCAAAAGUGGACAUUGCAAUGAAGCUGCUCCAACAGCUGGACCUAACACUGAUAAAGACAUGGGAAAAAUAUGGGGCUAUGGCUUUGUUUCUGUUACCAUCAUCAGUCUCACAUCCUUGGCAGGAGUGGCCACCAUCCCAUUUUUUGGAAAGAGCAUGUACAAGAAAGUCCUGGCCACCUUGGUUGCACUUGCUAUUGGAACACUGGCUGGAGACAGUUUACUUCAUUUGUUACCUCAUGCAUUCGGUCUCCAUGCACAUGAAGAAGAAGGUGCCGGCCAUGAAAGUCAUGAAGAAGAUAAUGGCUUUGUCUGGAAAGCUUUGGUUGUACUGGUCUCUAUUUACGCAUUCUUCUUGUUUGAGACUCUGAUGCAUCUGUGUUUGAGGAGUAAGAUUGGAGAACACAGCCACAGUCAUGUUGAUGUUGAGCUUCCUGGUCCUUCCAGUCGGCAUAUGAGUUUCAAAAAGGAGAGAAGAUGUUCCAGGUUGGAGCGCCGUGAAGGUAUACCGCCCAUUGCCGAUAAUCAUGAAGAAAAACCACCCAUGGGAAAUGGUGACAUUGUUUUGACUAAUGUGGACGGUCCCGCAGCAUGUUACAUCUCCAGUCCUUCGUGUACAUUUUAUUCACACUGUGUCUAUGAGUAUGUUUCUAGUUCAGACACUGAAGGGUGUGAUUACCAGAAUGCCAAAGGUGAGAUCAAUGGAGAUGCACUCCCUCAGGAUGCAUCAGGCAAACCCAAGAAAAGUCUUAAACACAGCUUGUCACGCCGUUCAGUAUUCAGUAACGAAGAAGGAAUGAGGAAGCCUCUGAAAAAGAUAUCAACUGUUGCCUGGAUGAUCAUAAUAGGUGAUACUCUUCAUAACAUCAGUGAUGGUUUAGCCAUUGGUGCAGCAUUUGCCGAAGGAGGGAGUUCUGGUAUCUCUGGUGGCAUAAGUACAUCAAUAGCUGUGUUUUGCCAUGAGUUGCCACAUGAACUUGGUGAUUUUGCAGUACUGCUCUCAGCUGGCAUGUCUGUGAAGAUGGCACUGGUAGCAAAUUUUUUGUCAGCCUUGUCUUGCUAUAUUGGAUUGGCAAUUGGUAUCUCUGUUGGUCAACAGGCUGAUGUGCGGUUCUGGAUCUUUGCCAUUGCUGCAGGAAUAUUUCUUUAUGUAUCUUUGGUGGACAUGCUUCCAGACCUGAUGCACAGUGAGUCAUUGCAGACUGAACCAGUAGUAACAUUUGCUUGUCAAAACUUUGGCUUACUGCUUGGAAUUGUGAUUAUGUUGGUGAUAUCCUUGUAUGAGGAAGAUCUGAUGGAUCUUAAAUGGUAGUGGAUGUUUGCCUUUCUGAAACUGUUGUUUUACAAAUAGAAAAAGAUUUCUCUGGGCUCGUCAGUAUUAUAGUAAAUGACUUUGUUGUAGUGUGUAGAUUAGUCAGGAUAUUUAAGUGAGUGA